AUGAAGCUCUAUAUCCCAGCUUCUCUUAUUUGCCUCUCUACCCUCGUGGCCUCGGCUGCUGUUGGACCGACCCCAUCUAGUCUGUGUAUCCCACAGAAAAAUGCUACUGCGCUCCAGCAGUUCUACACGAAGUCGACCGAUUAUGAGCGUCAACUUCAAGAUCUUGAGGCUCAAGUCUCUGAGGAAGAGGGUGGAUCUAAUGAAAAGAAAAAAGCGCAGUGGUUCCUCAGCCAAACCCACGAUUUGCUGAGUUUAAGUAAAGAUAUCAGUGCCAAAUUCGGUGAGGGUUCCUCUCUACCUUAG